AUGGCGUUCUCACAUGGCGAGAUCUUCCUCCUGCUCGCAAUCGGUCUCACCUUCCUUGCCCGUCCUGCUGCGGCUUUCGGUGCUGGCAACAUCGCUUCCCUGUCCAAAGUUGAAGGCGUAAACUGGCGUCACGGCGACAUUGAGGAUAUUAUUUUGACUUUGGCGGCCGCCAAGUCUAUGAGUGGGAAGAAGUUCAGCAAACUUGACAUCAAACGCAUCUACUUUGGCAACUGGCUUCGAGAUUACUCGCAAGCAGUCGAUGUUGGAACGGUCAAAUAUGUCAGCGCUGAAGCAAUACGCAUUCUUUUAUGGGUGCUCGGCUUCAUGUCGUUUGGCUAUGGCACGGGCGAAUUCGAGGUCACCACAGAACGUCUUGGUUGCUACCGCCCAGAAGAGCAUAUUGACAAUCCGAAGGACUAUGCCGAGAAUCAAGAUGCUCGUCAGUACGACCGACGUCUCCGUGGACCGGUGGACGAGCGCCGGGAACUCGCCAUCAACCAAGAUACCGGCCUCAAGAACUACAUCGCAAGCGAAAAUAUGGGUAUCGACACCUCGGCAGCUCUGGUGAGAAACCUUUUCGGUCGAGCAAUCGAUCUUGGUCGCAGAUAUGGACGCAACAAGAACAAGGCCGAUCUCUACGAAGCACUUCGACUCAUCGGAACCGGCUGUCACUGUCUCGAAGACUACUCUGCUCACUCCAACUAUGUUGAGCUUGCUCUGAUCGAGAUGGGUGAGCGAGACGUCUUUCCUCACACUGGCCGCGACACUACCGUGCGUCUACGCGGUGCUCGAAACGAGGUCUACCCAAUCGUCACUGGCACAUUCGGCGGCACUGACUUCUUGCACUCUGUCUGUGGAGAAUUUGGCGACAAGGCUACUCAGUCAGAAAUGCAAGAGUUGGAAGGUGCACUCGACAACGCCGAGAAUUCUGAUGGCAGUGUUCUUCGUGACCUCCUGAGCAAGAUCCCAAGCAGCCUGUUUGGAGGCAAAGAUGAAGCCAACAAGGUCGAUGAACUCCAGCAGAAUGCUCAGGCUCACCAGAUGCAGAACACGAAGAUCUCUCCCCAUCUACCAAUCAUCCAAUGGCACGAUGAAGUCAUGCAAGGCCUGACCGAGACGAUUGAGAACAUUCCGAUUCUGCCAGAUCUAAUCGAGAACGUGCAGGACGAGAUCAACAAGUUUGUCUUCAGCUUACUCGCUCCCUACGUACUGCCAGUAAUCCGCCAGAUCAAGAACGAACUCGAGACUGGAUCCAGCGAGAUCAUCCAGUCUAGCAAGCAACAACAGCACAUCGUCUUCAAUGAUGACCGCUCCUCAGACCCUACUCAUUCUAUGCUAUCGAAAGAUCACUUCUCCAAUGUCUUGAACGAGCCGGCUGGCCGUGUUGCUAGCGCCACUGUCAAAUGGGUUGUGCCACAGCUGAUUGAAGCCUGGGACAAUGAGCGAGCCGACAUUCCACGUAUCCUCGACCGCAUCAUCAACGGCGUUCUACAUCACCCAGCACUUCGCGAUCAGGGUGGCGAUGCUUCCGAAGGCCGUCGAAUCAUGUUUGGUGUUGUCGAACAAUGGUGGCGUCAGAAAGAUGAGCGCGAAAAGGACGGCCUACGUCGACAGCUGAGUCGUCGUGGCGUCGAGAACGGCGACAACCACAAAGAAGGUGUUCACGACCACGGUCAUGGCAGCUAUCGCCCUCAGGGCCAGCGCUUCGGCAUUGCAGGAGUGACUGGAGGCAAGAGCGGCGGCCAGUCUAGCUAUCCUAUCACUCAGGCUUUCGGAGCUGUCGAGGGCCUGGUCGAGGGCAAGCCACAGCAAUACGGCAACCGCCCGGGUAACGAGACUUCUGAUAAGAUCGGCAAGGCCGCUGGAGAGGCUGUUGGUGGAGGCUUCCUGGGCAACAUCGUUGGCGGACUUGCCUCUGCUGUUGGCGCUGACAUGCUUGGUGGCGGUCUGAAUCAGAAGAAGGAAACUUACAAGCGCGAGUCAUAUGGCAGCCAGGGCCAGCAUACGGAGACCUUUACCCAAGUCGGCCAAUCCGGUGACCGCUAUGGCCAAGCCCAGUAUUCUCGGACCGACGAGCCAUCCGGAGGACGAUCCGAGCAGUACAGCCGCUAUGAACAGCGUCCAGGUGGCGCCGAGGUCCACACCGAGCAGCGCGAUCAGUACGGCCAGUACCGCGAGGAGACCAAGACCUACACUUCUCAGACCUCUUCCUACGGUCGCAGCGAGUAUUCGUCGGGUGGCGGGUACGGAUCUCGCAAAGAUGACGACAGUGACGAAGAAAAGCGUCGCAAGAAGGAGAAGAAGCGUCAAGAGCAGCAGAGCUAUGGAGGUCGUCGAGAUGACAGUGACGACGAUAAGCGUGGCAAGUACGGCUCCUCUGGCUACGGCAGUCAUAAGAAGGACGACAGUGAUGACGAAAAGCGGAACAAGUACGGAUCUUCUGGUUAUGGUAGCCGCAAGAAGGACGAUAGUGAUGAUGACGACAAGCGCGGCAAGUACGGCUCCUCUGGCUAUGGUGGUCGCCGCGACGACGAUAGCGACGAAGAGCAGCGCCGCAAGAAGGAGAAGAAGAAGUACGGCAGUGGCAACAAGAGUGAUGACAGCGAUGAUGAGAAGAAGCGCUACAAGCAGCAGCAGAGCUCUGGGUACGGUCAGCAGCAGCAGUACGGCUCUGGAGGUGCCUCGUAUAGCGGCGGCCGUCGUGACGAUGAUGACAAUCGUGGCUCGAGCUAUGGUCGGUCUGAAGGCUAUGGCUCUUCUCAGCGUCAGGAAUUUGGUGCGUCGUCUGGAGCUUACGGAGGCGGCAGACGUGGUGAUGACGACAAUCGUGGCUCAUAUGGUCGCUCUGAGGGCUACGGCUCGUCUGGUGGUGGCGGCUACGGAAGUCAGCAGCAGUCAUAUGGCGGUGGUGGUGGCUAUGGUCGUGACAAUGACUCCAGCAGCUAUGGAGGUGGUCGUCAGGAGUACAGCUCGGGAGGCUAUGGUCAGCAGGAGUCCUAUGGCAGCCAGCAGCAGUCUUAUGGAAGUCGCCAGCAAAUUGUUCCUGGAGGAUUUGAACAAGAGGAGCAGUCCUAUGGCCAGGGCGGCGGCUACGGUCGACGUAACGACGACGAUGACAACAAUCGCCAAUACGGUAGCGGCAAUCAGGGCUAUGGCGGUGGUGGAUAUGGCGGUUCGAGUGGUGGCUAUGGAGAUGACUCUUCGGGGUACGGGGGUCGCCGCUACGAAUAG